AUGGGCUGCUCCCGGCAGCUCGCCCCGACGCUCCUGCUGCACGUGAACCUCCUCCUCAUGGUGUACGUGGGCGCGGCGCUGGUGGUGGCGGCGCGCGCGCGCUGGGACCCGAGCCUGUACAUCCCGGCGCGCGAGCUGUUCCCGCGCGAGUUCCGCGUGGCGGCCGCGCUGCUGCCCGCCGCCGCGCUGGCGCUGCUCGCGCUCGCGCACCUCGCCCUGCUGGCGCUGCGCACGAGGCGCCUACACCUCAGGAGACUGCUGCUCUACGUGUACGCGGCGGGCGUGAGUAGCGCGCUGGUGGCGCAGACGGCUGCGGGCGCGUGGGUGUGGGCGCGCGUGCACGCGUGGGCGCGCUCGGAUGCCGCGCACGAGCUGCAGCGCGCCGCCGCGCUCGCCGACCUGCUGCGCCCGCUGCUCGACCACCUCGCCCACUGGCACCCGCUGCCCGACAAGCUCAACGACCUCAUUCAGGUCUGUUGCGCUAUUCAGAACGUGCUGCCUGUCAUCACACACGUCAACACCGGCAUGAAUCGUGACACAUGA